CUCCGCUCCUGACGCGCGCGCGCGCGCGCAAGCACACGCACGCCUCUCCCUCUCGGCUCGCCUCGCGGGGAGGACGAAGGCUAAAACCCUAGCGAGCGAGGCGGUGGUUUGCUUUGUGUCGGGGAGGCGAUGACGGCGCCGGCGGACAAGGGGAAGAAGGCCAAGACCGACGCCGACGGCGCCGAGGAGAACGAGCAGAUCGACGGCGCCCUCGUCCUCUCCAUCGAGAAGCUCCAGGAGAUCCAGGACGAGCUCGAGAAGGUUAAUGAAGAAGCUAGCGACAAGGUUUUGGAGGUCGAGCAGAAAUACAGUGAGAUUCGCAGACCUGUCUAUCUUCGAAGGAGUGAUGUUAUCCAAACGAUCCCUGACUUCUGGCUGACAGCGUUUCUGAGCCAUCCUCUACUUAGUGAGCUUUUGACUGAAGAUGAUCAAAAGAUGUUCAAGUACUUGGAGUCUGUUGAUGUGGAUGAUUCUAAAGAUGUUAAGUCAGGCUACUCCAUAACUCUUACAUUCUCUGAGAAUCCAUACUUCGAAGACAAAGAGCUCACGAAGACAUAUGCUUUUGCUGAUGAUGGAACAACCACAAUAAAUGCUACUAGCAUUAAGUGGAAGGAAGGAAUGGAAAUUGCAAAUGGAAACGCCAAAAAGAAAGGAAGCAAGCGGCCAUUGGUUGAGGAAAGUUUCUUCACCUGGUUUACUGAUACGGAGCACAAGAGUCUUGCUGAUGGCGUGCAAGAUGAGGUGGCUGAGAUCAUCAAGGAAGACCUGUGGCCCAAUCCAUUGAAGUAUUUUAACAAUGAGGCGGAAGAGUUAGGAGAGGAUGAAGAUGAGGAGUUGUCUGAAGGCGAUGAGGGUGAAGAGGAUGAGGAAGAGGAAAACUGAUCAAGCGGUUGUCACCAGUUUGUGGAUGCUGUCACUCCGAAGGGCGAAGUUCCGUGACCCUCUUUCUUUCUUUUUUUGACUUAGCUGGAACCCUUAGGAACUGCUUAAUGCCUUAUGGAGUCCGUCGUAUUUUCGACUCAAAGGAGACCUCUAUGUCAUAAUCUGGUUAUAACCAUGAAGACAUUUUAACCUGCUGA